CCUGCUGUGUGUCAGCGUGUGGGCCGCGGCUGACUUGCGGACAGGAGACUUGUCCUCACAGGCGGACGAGAGACGAGACCUUUAAGUACUCCGGUCCUUUGGAUUUUUUGGUCACGUGGUACAGUAUCGCUACAACCUGCGUUCUCCCAGCCAGCCGUCCGCUCUUGCGAUUGAAAAGGAUGGCAGAGCCUCCCUUGUCAUGUGAUUGUUUUGUGUCCUUGCCCCCUGGCUCUCGCGAUGACCAUGUGAUCUUUGGGAAGAACUCGGACCGUCCCAGGGAUGAGGUCCAGGAGGUGGUCUACUACCCCGCUGCCUGCCACCCAGCCGGCUCCACAGUGGAGUGUACAUACAUCCAGAUCCCUCAGGCAGAGCAGACCCAUGGUGUAGUCCUCAGCAGGCCUGCAUGGCUGUGGGGGGCUGAGAUGGGAGCCAAUGAGCAUGGAGUGUGUAUCGGGAAUGAGGCGGUGUGGACCCGUGAGCCCAUCACCCCGGGAGAGGCUCUGCUCGGCAUGGACCUUGUCCGCUUGGGGCUGGAGCGGGCUGACAGUGCCUGGGGGGCGUUGACGGUGAUCACAGGCCUCCUGGAGCAGUAUGGCCAGGGAGGGCCAUGUCGGGAGGACCCUGAGCCGUUCAGCUACCACAACACCUUCCUCCUGGUGGACCGCAACGAGGCCUGGGUCCUGGAAACUGCUGGAAGGCUGUGGGUGGCACAGAAAGUCACAGACGGGGUGAAGAACAUCUCCAACCAGCUGACCAUUGGAAGUGAGAUCUCAGCCGAGCACCCGGAGCUGCGGAGCGUGGCACAGGCCCAAGGCUGGUGGGACGGCGAGGGAGAAUUCAACUUUUCUCAGGUCUUCAACCCCGAGAAUCCGCCUGCCAGGAUGGAGCUGGCCAAACAGCGCUACAAGGGAGGCACAGAACUGCUCCAGCAGCACGAUGGCUCGAUGACAGCAGAGGCGAUGAUGUCAAUUCUGAGGGACAAGCCUAGUGGUAUCUGCAUGGACUCGGGUGGUUUCUGCACCACAGGCAGCAUGGUGUCUAUCCUGCCCAGAGACCCCAGCCUGCCCUGCAUCCACUUCCUCACUGCCACCCCAGACCCCUCCAGGUCUAUAUUCAAGCCUUUUAUCUUCUCGGAGUGCAUGACCCCGGUGCUGAGGGUGGUCUCCCCAGAGUUCGGCCCAGAUGACCCGGUCAGGAUGCAGCCACGCUUCCAGAGCCAGGUGGACCGCAGACAUGAUCUGUACAAGGCCCACCAGGUGGCACUCAGCAACAUGGAGACCAAUCCGAACGACGGCUUAGCUGUCUAUGAGAUUUUGCGGGACCUGGAGUCCCAGUGUCUGAGUGAAAUUUCAGCCAUGCUCAAUGGAGAGAUACCCGGGGAGGAACUGGGGGACUUGUUUUUCGACUGUGUGGAUGCAGAGAUCAAGUUCUACCAGUGAUGAGGUGGGAGGCUGCAGCCGCUGCAUUUUAUGUGCCCUCACGUGGAGAUUCCUAGUGCUCGCAGAUCUGCAGGAGAUGGCCCUGGGACCGUCAUCGUCUGUGUUCCUUGUUUGAUAAGCCUCUGUCUUACUCACACAGCACACAUCCUUGACACCAUUCCAUCAUUAACACAGACUAAAUGUCUUAACUUCCCAUGUGAUUGGAGCAUUUCUCAUGUCUAUCAACCCCAGGGAGCAAUGACUGCACCUCAUUAGUGAGUAUAAUGAUGUAGAAUACACAGGCGCCUAUGUAGAGCUGUGUGACGUUGCACAAAUACUGUAAGUACGGCAUUUGUUUAACAUGUUAUUUCUUGUUGCAAGUGAAUGGGUUGUUAUUUGAUGACUACCUUUAGGGAAAGAUUCAAUAAAGAAUGUGCACUGUCUGGC